CUCAACAUCGCCAUGUCUUUCGGAGGGGCCAUCGCUGUUCUCGUUUAUGCAGCAGCGUCUUUCAGCGGUGGUCACCUCAACCCGGCUGUGUCAGUGGCAUUUUGGCUGGCCGGCAAGAUCUCAGCUCUGCGGGCUGUUCUUUACAUUGUGUGUCAAUGCCUGGGAGCCUGUGCUGGAUCAGCACUGGUGCUCGCGAUCGACCAUAAUGGGUUCAAAGCUGCGCUGGGAGCCAGCAACAGGCUGAACACCGGCAUCAAUCCAGCAAAUGCUUGGGGAGCUGAGACAAUUCUAACAUGCGUGCUUGUCUUUGUUGUCUUUGCCGCAACAGACACUCAGCGCUCAGCGACGAGCGGUCAUCUCUCGGUGCUAGCCCCAUUUUCAAUCGGCCUUGCCGUCUUCCUAGCACACCUUGUCGCUGUGCCUAUCGAUGGAUGCAGCAUCAAUCCUGCCCGUUCGUUUGGGACUGCGGCCGUGGCUCAUGAGUGGACACAUCAAUGGAUUUUCUGGUGA